CUGUACAAGCUACUCGAUUCUGCUGUAAAUUUGUUACAAGCAAGCAGCCAACUCCAGCCGCUAUUUGAUAAUCUCUAUCAAGCACCACAGUAUUAAAGAUAACGAAUCUAGUUACUUUAUCUUGCACGGCAAAAUGAGCGGCGCUGGUGGUGGCCCCCAUCCGGCCGGUUUGCAAGCGCAAGCUGCGCCCCAGGGACAAGAGCCCAACGGGCCGGACAAGGUAUGGGUCACACGGCAAAACCUCUCAUCGUUAGCGCAGCGUCAUCGCCAGAAGCUUGCAGACCCCGGGGUCUCCUUCAAAGACGUCGUACUCAGCAUGAUGAGGUCUGGGACGUACGCACCGGACUUUGACUGGUGCUCGACGAAAGCAGGCGGGCUUCAUUUUGAACGAAGCCAAAUCGCGUGGCGCAUGACCAUCAAUCCGCAGAGCGUCACGCCUGCUGACGUGGACCGGCUCUUCUUUCCUGGCAAUCCGGCAGGGUUGCCUGAACAGGAGGAGUUGUUGGAGAUACUUGCAGGGGCGUAUGGGACGACGCAGUAGUCGUUGCCUUUGUAGGGGCGAAAGCGGGGAACGCGCAUAACCUACUUGGGUGCCGGUAACAGGACUGGUGGAGGUGUAAUGGUUGGCAGCAUGGAGUUCAAUGCAGGUGAUGGAGCGUGUUUUUCAGCCAGAAGUUGAACGUUUGCGGGACGGUAUAUGCAUGGAAGAAAGACCUCCCUGAAGGCGUGUUGCAUGGACAGGGUCGUAGCGUGAAUGCAUGAUGAGGGCUAGCCCUGCUGGCCACAACAAACUCACCUUUGUUGCCGUAGCAUCUCCCUACAUCUCUUUGGACAAAUGGUUGACAGUUUGGAGUAGCAGCAUGCACUGGCGAGGUAGGUUGCUGCUUACAGGAUAGCCAUACAGCCAGCUAGCCGCAAGGUCUGUGGCAAGCACAAUGCGGAAGGCAACUUGAGCUACAACUCGAUUUGACGGCUUCAACCAUUGCCAAGGCAGCAACCUCGCACUACUGUUCAUGGCUAACAGGAUAAACCUGGAAAAGAGCUCAAUAGUUAAGGCCAUGACUUAAAAAACAAACAAACGUUUUGCGCCCCUUUCAAGAUUGCAUGGCAGGUUCGCCCUUGCAUGGCCUUUAUGAAACCCUGCGACACCCCCCCAACAUU